UGGUUCACGUCCAAAUAUUUAUUAUCAACACUUGGAAAAAAAAAAAGUCGGAACAUAAUUAGGUUUGGUCUUCUUCUUGUUUCACUAGAACAGAGUCGUGUAGCUCAGCAUAGCUCCACCGCCGACGAAAUCGACGUUGCAAAGCGCAGAGACUUAAGCUUUUCAACAGUAUAGCUAAAACCCUAAACCCUAGCAGAAAGAAAUCGUUCACGACGGAGGAUGAGACCUCACUACAACCGCCCGCAGCGACCGCAACAACAGCAGAACAAUGGGUACCCAAAUCAACAACAACAGAAUGGGUAUCAUCAGAACCCAGGGAUGAUGAUGAUGAAUCCACAGAUGAUGAUGAUGAUGAUGGGUCACAUGAACAACAUGCCAAUGCAUCCUCAUCAGCCGAUUCACCAGUUUGCUUUCCCAAACCACCCUAUCAACCAGCUGCAUCCAAACCACCUGGGGAGUCUUCACUCAAUACAGCCCACUUAUUAUCCGCCUCCGUAUACUCCUGUUCCACCUCCACCUCAAAAUCAAAAUCACCAAUCGCGGCCUCCAGGUUUCUCAGAGGCGAGACCACAGGUGCAGUCUGUAGGAAACGUCAACAACACCAACAAUUUCAAUCCGAGAGGGAGUGAUUCUCGUAAUAGUUUUACAAAACAACAGAACUUCAGAGGCCCUGGUCAAGGAUCUCAGUCGUAUCAAGGAGACAAUGCAAAGAAAAAGUUUGGGUUCAACAAGGCUCAUAAGGGAAAAGGGAAGAAUAAUAAGAUGGCACCUAGGAUUUAUGGAUCUGAUGCUGGUAUCGCUGAAGAUACGAAAAGACCAUAUAUUCCGAACUAUCCUCCAAAAGAAGUUCAGCAAUGGCGUCAAGCUCGGCGUAAGAAUUUUCCAACGAAACUCAACGUUGAAAAGAAAAUAAAGAAAAAUGAUUCAAACUCCGGCCUUGACGAUGAAGCAAAACUGCGUCGUCAGCAACUCCGGGAAGUGUUAGCAAAGCAGCGUGAGCUAGGCGUUGAAGUAGCAGAAGUCCCUUCACACUAUUUAUCCAAUCCAGUUGAGCAAGUUAAUGGAGACAACAGUGGACAGUUCCAAAACAAGGAUGGCAGGAAGGGAAGAUUUAGACAUAACAAGAGAAGAUAUGGUGGUAAAGACAAGUUCGAUAAAAGACGGAAGUUCCAAGACAAAGAUUCAUCUGAAGAAUCUUCUACCAUCACGACGAGAGAACCUACAUUGCUUGAGAAGCUCCUGAGCGCUGACAUAAAGAAAGACAAGAUCCAGUUGUUACAGGUCCUCCGCUUCAUGGAAAUGAACUCAUUCUUCAAGGAGUCGCCAGAGGGACCUCUGAAGUUUCCUUUGGUUAUGGUAGAAGAAACGGGCUGUGAACAUGCCGAGGAAGUUUUAUCCGAUGAUGAUGAUGUGGAUGAGAGUGGUGAUGAUGACUCAUGUGAUGAAGCGUCUGAUUAAUAAUUGUAAGUUUUAAGUUUGUGAGCUCAAAAACAUGGCAGAGUCUUGAGGAUUUACAGUAUCAAUCCGUGUUUCUUUUUUGAGAA